AUGAGGCUUUAUUUAAUUCCAAGAAUCCCGUAUAGAAAACUGGGGUUGGAGUUGGUACCUCGUCGGGGCGCGGAGGCGGUGGAUCCUGAAGAUAUGAGCUUAGUGGAGCUUUAUAGAGUACAUGUCGAAAGCGCAGAAAGGGCAGCCGCGUGGCGAGGGACUCUGCGGCGCGCAGGGGGUUCUGGCAGCAGUUUUAACUCUGGCACCUUAACAAAUAGUUCUUCCCUCACGUCUAGUGCUGCCCAGUCUCACCACCUUAUGUGCAGCAUGAGAGACUUCGGACAUACCGCGGGUGGCGAUGAAGCGGAGUUAUUAUUGUGGCUUCACGAUGCAAGAAGGGCUCAACCACUCUCUGAAAGAUUCAGGAUACGGAUAGCAAGAGAUGGAUUCUCGAAUUAUGUAGAUCGAUUACAUGCUAAUAGUACAUUGUUCGCGGAUCUUUCUACUACAGAUCUAACUCGAGAACUAUGGUUAGUCGCGUGGGUAAUACGUGUUGGACGUUGGGCGGGUGCGGGAAGUAGCGGAACCGGCACAGGCGAACGGAAAGGCCCCGUGGCGAGAAGACCUUUAGGUGCAGGCGUUUUAUCUCUGUCGGAGUUCCUUAGACAACCUGGCCAACAUCCCGCUGAAAAGGAAUACACCUUUAAAGUGUACCAAUGUGAAGAAAAAGACUUUCACCAGUUACAUGACAUGCUAAUAAGAAAGCAGACGAAUAAGUGCAAUAUAUUACCAGGACAACCUAAUUACGGUAUUGUAGUCGCCCUGCGCCUUCUAUCAAACGCAGGGAGUAUAACUGAAGCAGUAGCGUCCGGUGCUACAGUUACGGCAAAGAGAGGAUUCCCAGAUGUUAUAAUGCCGGGGGACGUACGCAACGACCUCUAUCUGACGUUAGAGAAAGCUGAGUUCGAGAGAGGCGGCAAGAGUACGGCGAAGAAUGUAUUGGCUACUGUCACUGUACACGAUAGUACGGGACAGGUUAUAAAUGAAUGCGUUUGGGGAGCGAGUGGUACAGGAUGCACGUCAUACGAGUCGCUAGUGCUGUACCACAACAACAGUCCCGCUUGGAACGAACACCUACGCCUUACCGUGCCUCUGGAAACUUUCACUAACGCACACGUCAGACUCGAGUUCAGACACUGCUCAUCGAGAGACAAAACUGAAAGAAAGCUGUUUGGGUUCGCAUUCGCACGACUAAUGGAGGCGAGUGGAGCAACGUUACGAGACGGUGCUCAUGAACUAUAUGUCUACAAAUGUGACGAUCCUACCAAAUUAACUUCAGCGAGUUACUUGUCACUUCCUUCCUGUGUCAAUGAUGGUCGCAUUCUUGCUUCCAAUGGCAUCGUGCCAACUUUCCAAAGAAGUUCCAAAGAGAAUUGUACUAUUAGUACACUGUUAUGUUCUACUAAAUUAACUCAAAAUGAGGACCUCCUAGCUUUAUUACAAUGGCGCGCGCACCCACAGAAAGUUCAAGAGACGUUAUUACGAGUCUUGAGAUUGGGUGACGGGCUCAGCUGUGAAGAGUUAAUCAAGUUCCUAAGAGACGUACUGGAUGCGUUAUUUGCUUUGUUUUCGACGGAAGAUGGGAAUAGCACUCCACACUCCGGCACAGUGUUUCUAGUUCUCAUAUCGAUAUGCAGCUUACUCGAUGAGCCUCGCUUCCAACAUUUCCGGCCCGUACUCGAUGUUUAUAUUGAGGAACAUUUUUCAGCAGCACUGGUUUAUAAGGGUCUGUUAUCUUCUGUCCAACACUGCGCUGAAUGGGCUGCGAGUGCCGAAGGUCAAGAAGCAAUCCGCAAAUGUCUCCGCUCCCUUGGCGCGGUAUUUCGUCUCGCCGUUCGAUCAAGAAGUCUGUUUGCAAGAGCGACUGGCGGUCAGUACGAAGACAGUUUUAGAAGAGAUGUUAGGGCUGCGUUACAUGCUUUGAAGACAUUUGCGCAACAUCCCUAUAAAGAACAUUUGGCGCCGGCGCAGGUGGCGCUGAUGUCGUCGUGGGCGGAGGUGACGCGCGAGGUGUGCGCGGCGCUGGGCGCGGGCGAGGCGGCGCGCGCGGCGGCGCACGUGCUGGACGCGCCGCACCACCCGCACCACCACCCGCCGCUCGCGCGCGCGCGGCUCCGCGCCGCCAGGGACAUCCUGCAGGGGCCGCUCGGCGAGGACCCCGAGGCAAGAAACAUAAUCCUUACGACGACCUGCCAUCAUCUUCGUAUACACCUCGCCCGUCGUGACGAACUCGCUCAAUGCGCGGAAAUAAUAGGAGAACUCGUCACUCUGCUGUGGAAGAAACAAGACAACGACAGUCCGAUCGAUGAUGAUGAAUUGGAUCCAGAUGUAGACGUCCUAUGUUUGAAUACUCUGGAUGUGUUGGUUGAAACCGUACUCCAUUUAAUUGGAGGAAAUUCGCCAGUGCUUGGUUCCAUGGUGGCAGGUCUACUCGGCGUGAUGGAGUUGUUAAAGCCGGUCCAUUACCAGCGAUUAUGGAGCCAUUUAGCGCCUCAUCCGCACGACCGCAAACCGCUCAAAGACUUCCUCAUGCGAGCCUUCCUGGUCUUUAGACACCUUAUAGAACAAGACGUAUUUCCAACUGACUGGAUGGUGUUACGAGUCCAAAGUUGUAAAGUAUUAUUAUCUGCCCUUCAAGAUCUAGCCCAGCCGUUACUAGAGCGGUUCUUGGGUGAUGAACCACCUCAAUUUGAUUCCCAGCUGUGGUCGGGCUACAUGGAGUUGGGCGUGGCGCUGGUGACGUCGAGCGCGUUGCAGCCCGAGCGUUGGGCGGGCCGCGGGCCCGACCGACCGCGCAUGCGCGCCGCCGCGGGCAUGCGCGUACUCGCUACUUGGAACAGGCUCGGUCCGGCCCAGCUGCACCUGGUGCCGGGCGCGGUGGGCGCGCUGCUGGAGAUAACGCUGGUGAGCGAGCUGCGGCGCGCGGCGCUGGGCGCGCUGGUGGCGCUCAUGGCGGCCGAGCGCGCGCACACGGGCGAGGCGCGCCGCACCGAGGCCGCGCUCGUCGACAAGCUCGACUCGCUCGUGGCCGACAACAAGGCCGACGACCACUACAGGCGACUCUUCGAUACUGUGUUGAUGGAACGUGUCUCAACGGAAGGAUGGCGAGAAGCGGGCGCAGCCUUCGUGGCCUGCGUGACUCGGCUGCUAGAGAGGCUGUUAGACUACAGAGCUGUGAUGCAGGGAGCUGAACAUAGAGAUAAGAGGAUGGCGGCUACUGUCAAUUUACUAAACUUCUACAAAAACGAGAUCGAUCGUAAAGAGAUGUAUUUACGUUAUGUGUACAAAUUACAUGAUUUGCAUAUUGCGUCCGAUAACUUUGUGGAAGCUGGUUGUACACUUUUGCUGUACUCAGAAACGUUAUGUUGGGAGAGUGAUCUGGUGGGCGUGGACCCAGAACACCCAGAGACGCCAGAAUGGAAACGGAAAGAGGCUAUAUACAACCAAGUGUUGCAGUAUUUUGACCGAGGAAAGUGUUGGGAGAAAGGACUGCCGCUACUUCGCGAGCUAGCUACCUUAUACGAAGUAAAACUGUGUGACUAUCCGCGUCUAUCUCACUGCCUGCGAACACACGCCACGUUCUUGGAUUCUGUCAUGGAGCAGCUCAGGCCAGAACCUGAAUACUUCAGGGUCGGCUUCUACGGAAAAGGGUGUCCAUUAUUUGUUAGAAACAAACAAUUUGUGUAUCGUGGUCACGACUACGAGCGGAUCGGUGCGUUUACACAAAGACUUCAGGCGGAAUAUGUUGCAGCGCACAUACUUAUGCGGAAUACACCGCCCGACGAUUCGAUUAUUGCUAACGACGGACAGUACAUACAAAUCUGCAAUGUAAAACCAGUACCGUCUCGGCGCUCUUGGCCGUCGGGUACUCCAGAACAAGUGAAACGUUUCUACGCGUGCAAUGACGUAGAUACCUUUUUGUGCGACCGACCCUUACAUAAACCACCUAUCGAUAAAGAUAAUGAAUUCAAGAGUUUAUGGAUCGAAAGAACUACGUUAGUCACAGAAACCACUUUACCUGGGAUACUGCGAUGGUCUGAGGUUGUGUCUCGUUCCGUAGAAGAAAUACCACCCGUAGAAUACGCCUGUGAAACGAUGGAAUCGACGGAACGGGAACUGCGCAGUCUGAUCUCCCAGUACACGGCCGACCCGACCCUGAACAUCAACCCGUUCUCCAUGAGGCUACAGGGGACGAUCGACGCGAACGUGCAGGGCGGGAUCACGAAGUACGAGCAAGCCUUCCUGACGCCGGAGUUCGCGCGGAGCGCGGCGCCUCGCGAGGCGGCGGCGGCGGCGCGGCUGCGGCGCCUCGUGGCCUCGCAGUGCGCCGUCGUGGACGCGGGGCUGGCGCUGCACGCGCGCCUCGCGCCCGACGACGUCAAGCCGCUGCACAGGCGGCUCGUCGAAAGAUUCAACCAACUUCGUCAAAACCUAGGACCGGGUCUAGCUCGAGCUCGCCGUCAACUAUCUGAGAGCAUCGUGAACACACCAUUACCUCCUGUCCCCGCUCUAGACAAACGAUCACAAAGUAUUCAACAAAACGAUAACUACUACGACGAAGGACACCUUUACGAUAAACCGCAAUCAAUUGAAGACCCGACUGAUCAGCAAAGUAUAAUGUCGUGUAGCUUACCUGUCGAUAAUCGCGAUUGUCCUGAUGAUAUUUCUAUGAUCAAGUCGGCGCCACCUUUACCGACAAGACCCAAGUCUGGAGACCCCAGAAGUCCCACGAGACCGCCAUUAGACAAAUAUCGAGACUCCAUGGACGGUGAGUUCAUAGACUCGUGUCGCCACAGUCGCGCUUCGUGGAGCGAGCCCGGGGACGCCCCGCCCUUGCCUCCCCGCGUCUCCGGUGAGAAACGAUCGUGGGUAGACGCACCUCCAGCGAUCCCUCGGCGCGGUACUCGUUCGGUGGACAUGGCAGAUGACGCGAGAGACUCCGGCGUCAGUGUUGACACACACGCGUACACUAACGCUGAUGAUCACAGGCACUUGCAUAAAGAUCUCGAUUUAACAGUAGACUCACUACGGUACGAGGAAAUAAUCUCUAUGAUGUCGGAACCGCUUCGGGUAGACGAAGGUGAGAGACCGCCUCCGAUCCCGCCGAAGGGUCUCGGACAUCACAGCUCUUUCGACUCUGGUCAUCACGAAAACGGUGAAUCGCAUUGUUAA